AUGAUUCGCAGCUUUUCCAGUUCAGGUAGUACCGUAGUACGUCAAACAGGUAGCACUCAAACAGUGCGAAUGCAAAGCAUCACGACGUCAUCUGUUCGUCGAUAUCAGAAAACGGAAAGCACUGUAAUUUCUACAGGAGGAUGGUCUCAGCAGUUUUCCGCGACGUCCAUAGGACAUCAAUGGGCAGAUCAAGAUAGAGCAUUCAUGCUGACUGAACCUCGAAUAAUGGCAAAUGAAGUUUUACAAAAGCUGGAAUCGAUCAAAAUAACCGAAGAAGAUUGUGCGUUGACGCGCCAGAAAAUCGAUUAUAUCUUGUGCGAAAUCAAAACUAUGACUGAAGAAGAAAUCAAAGCAGCUCAUACAAAAUUCAUGGAGAUCUGCCCCAAUGGAAAAAUGACGCGAACAAUGUUUGCCAAUGUUCUUCAGGAAGUGUUUUCUGAAGGAAAUGCAAGUGAUUACUGCCGAUAUGCAUUUAAGUUGUUUGAUCGGGACAAUAAUGGCACGUUAAGUUUUACUGAAUUCGUAUUCGCCAUGCAAAUUUAUUCAUCAAAUGAUUUGGAAGAUAGUCUUGGUCUUGUUUUUGACAUAUUUGAUUGCGACAAGUCUGGAACAAUCGACAAAAAAGAAAUAGUUCAAAUGAUUAUCGCCACAAGUGCGCUUACUGAUAAUUCGUUGGAAAUUCAAGAUGCGAAAAAUUUAACCAAACAAAUUAUGCAAUCAUGCGACGUACGACGAGUCGGAAAAAUAACGAAAACGGAAUUCGUCAAUGGCUGCAAAAAUCUCUCGGAAUAUUGUAAAGUUCUAGUACCAGGCUACGAUGAAGAUGAUUACGUCGCGACAACAUCAGUAUUAACCGAGCUGCUCGGUGAGCAAUUACUCCAGCAUGACACUCAUGGAAGUACCGGGACCAGCAAGUACAUAGCCACAAGUGAACUUGGUUACAAGAUAAUCGGUCUUUAUUUCUCUGGUCAUUGGUGUCCACCCUCUCGUGAUUUCACGCCGAAGUUGGUUGAAGCGUAUAAGAGCAUUGACCACAGUAUGCAAGACAAAUUUGACAUUGUGUUGGUGUCCUCAGAUAACGACCAAAACGCUUUUGACCACUAUUUCCAAGAAAUGCCGUGGAAAGCAUUGCCAUUCUCAGAUCGAACUCGCAAGCAAGCACUCGUCAAGAAAUUCAACGUGAAAAGAAUACCAUGUUUGAUUGUCCUGUCAUCGUCCGGCGAAGUUCUGACUUCAAAAGGUGUCGCUGAGAUCAACGCAUAUGGUGCUGAUUCUAUUCGGCGAUGGUUGCAAGUAUCAUCUCAAUUACAAACAAUAACGAAAUGUGGAGAGAAAUUUGGUGGAUUGACAGGUGGUCAUAGUUUUGAUGAUUUUAUAACAAAUAAUUUAAAUUCUUCAUAUUAUCUUCGUGGAAUGAUUAGUGGAUUGAAAAAAUAUCCUUUAGAUUGGUGUCAAUUUUGUUAUUCUUCAUCGAAUGAUAAUGAUAAAGAAAUAAUUAUUGAAUCAGAAUUACAAGGAACAUAUGAAACAGAUGACGUUAUUGAACGAUUUAUUAUUGAGAAAAAUGAAAGAAUUAAUAAAAUUCAAGUUAUUGUUGAUCAUGUAAUGGUGUAUGUUAAUGAUGCUGAAAAAGUAAUUCCAUUAGUACGAGGAAUAAGAUUAUUUACAACACAUGGACGAGCAAGUGAAUCAAUCGAUCAUCUUAAAGGUAUUUUAUAUACAGAAGAACUUUCUGGAUAUUUCGUUGGUUAUGUUACUGGAAGAUCAGGUGCAUUGAUUGAUCAAUUACAAUUUCAUUGGUAUCCUAAUACAAUUAGCUAA